AUGCGCCAAACACCACCAAAACCUUCUUCUCUAUAUGGUAUCAGAGCCUUGUCUUCCUCAUCGCAUGUAUAUGGCUCUCGUUUCCCACACUGGUGCCUCCUCGUCGACAAGCUCUUUGAUGGCGUUGUUGAUGGGUACCUUGAUGGAACUCUCACUACUCAGCUCAAGACCCUUGAGGUGGAGAAAGCUGACAAGAACGGCGCCGAGACGAUGCCGAUUUCAGAGUAUGGGCGAUGGAUCGCUCAAGAUCAACAAGUGUUGGGCUAUUUGCUCUCCUCUCUUUCCUGUGAAGUUUUGACCCAAGUCGUGUCCAUGAAGACGGCGGCAGAAGUUUCGGCUGCUCUCGAGGAGAUGUGCUCUUCUAUAUCCAGGUCUCGGAUUAUUCAACUUCAGACUGCUGCAGCAUACUUCUCAAAGAUGCGAGCAAUUGCAGAUGAGUUGACUGUGGCAGGAAAGAAAGUCGAGGACAACGAUCUCAUAUCGCAGCUCCUCUCAGGAUUGGAUGAGGAUUAUAAUCUGUUUGUUCUAUCCAUUGCAGCAAGAACUGAUGCCUACUCCCUGAGCGAACUCUAUGCUCAAAUUCUUGCCUUCGAAGUGAGGCUUGAAUCUCAGAAUCCCGGCUCUCGGCAUUACAACUCAUCGGCCAACCUUGCUGCUCGUUGUGGCCGCAGAAGAGAAAACCGUGGAGGGAGAGGCAAUGGAGGUGGCAACCAUGGUGGGUUCACCUAUCGUGGUGGCUACAAUGGGGGCAACUACAACAACAAUGGUGGAUAA